AUGUUCCGUGCCAUAGACGUUGACAAACCUCGGAUCCUAGACGCGGUCAUACACUCGGUCAAGCUAUCGCCUAAGCUGGGCUCGUGCGUGCGCGAGCUUCACCUCGACCUCGAGACCGGUAGUAAGGAAAGCUGGUUGCUAAGUUUAUCACAGUGUUUCGCGCACCUCGGCACCCUGCGUGGGAUGUCGUUGGGCGGGAUGAAGUGGUCCGAGCUUCACGCGGAUACCAGGCGAAUCAUCCUCCGGGUCCUCUCCCAGAUAUCGAUCCUGUCGCUGCAAGACUGUUCAUUCCCGCGGACGCAAAGCUUGAUCGACAUCAUGCUCGCCUGUCAGAACCUGACAACCUUCGCCGUGCGCAACUCCGUACUACUGCAGGCGGGGCAUGUCGGAUCGCACGAAACGCUGAGUAGGCAGGCUUCCCAAACCCCUUCGCUACCUUCCCUCCGACACAUUGAAUUCGGAGGCGAUAUGCGGCUCGCAAGUAUCCUCUAUGACGCAUUAUUCGGCCCGACGAAGCUCUCUCACAUACCGAAAACGAUCUGUCUGUGGGGAACGAUGAAGGAGAACAAAGCGCCCAUAACCUUGCAUCAUCACUUGAGAAUAUUUCCAGAAAUCUUUCUCCACCAGACCCCAGAUAUCCAACCGAUCUGCAGCGGAGGGUGUCGCGUCGACCGCCUGUGGUUCGUCUCGUUCCGGGUUCCCAUGACCAUCUGCAAGGCCCCUACCGGGUUCAAGGAAUGGCUCAACGAUAUUCUAUCCGUCAUACAUCAAUCCAACUUCCUCCUGUCGUCAGAAUUCGACGAUCGCUGGGGCGCCGAACUGACUACUGUAGUUUUUCGGCCGGAAGUUCGGCCAGACCCCCUGGGGACAGGGGACACCCUCCAAGUUCGGGCCCGUGGGAAGUUCGCCAAGUGA